AUGGAUGUCAGGUUCGUAGGUCUCGAUUCACCACUUCUCCACACUCUCCAGCAAAUGAUGGACAUUGGCGACGAUGCUGACCACAAAUCCUUCAACGCGCCAACACGCACUUAUGUGAGGGACGCGAAGGCUAUGGCUUCUACUCCGGCCGAUGUCAAAGAGUAUCCGAAUUCUUAUGUGUUCAUUAUCGACAUGCCUGGAUUGAAGUCUGGAGAUAUCAAAGUGCAGGUGGAAGAUGAUAAUGUGCUGUUGAUUAGUGGAGAGAGAAAGCGUGAGGAGGAGAAGGAAGGAGCUAAGUAUGUGAGGAUGGAAAGGAGAGUUGGAAAAUUGAUGAGGAAGUUUGCUCUGCCUGAGAAUGCCAAUACUGAUGCCAUUUCUGCUGUGUGUCAAGAUGGGGUUUUGACUGUCACUGUCCAGAAAUUGCCACCGCCUGAGCCUAAAAAGCCAAAGACUAUUGAGGUUAAAAUUGCUUGA